CCCCUCGACUCAAAAGCAAAAUCUAACAGCUUAAGUUAUUACAAGAUAAUCAUUCGCAUGUAGCUGGUUCUGUUACAUAAGAAGUACUAAGGUAUACAAUUGAUACCUUCUUAAUUGCAACUCGAUAUCAUUGACCCGUCACUAGAAAUCUCCUAACUAAGUAGCUACGGACAAUCUAGCUAGCUUCACGCAGCAUAUCCGACUCUCAUGAACAGAGCAGAGAGCUUAGGAUACACACGCAGCGAGUCCUCAGCACCUACGCCCCAAGAUGCAGCCCCUCCUCCGCAAGGCCGCUACAGCGAGCAUCCGCCCGCAAGCACGCCGCGCACUAAGGACAGCCACAGCGGAAGUCCGUACCCCGCGCUCAACAGCCCUACAUGCAGCAAUUAGGACACCAUGGGUAUGUCGGACUUGCUCGCAAGCGAGGCCCUUCAGCUCCGCAUCUAAUACCGCUUCACUCUCAUCUUCAUUGCCGAGAAGUGAGAGCGAAGGCAAAGUCAAGAUCGCGAAGAAAUCAGAACCCCUACGCAUUCUGUUCUGCGGCUCUGAUCACUUCAGCUGCGCGGCGCUGGAGGCGUUGAAUCGGGAGCGCGAGAAUGACCCGGGGCUGAUUGAGUCGAUUGAUGUUGUGGUGCGCCCGGGGAAGAGGGCCGGGAGGGGGAAUCGGGAUGUUGUGUAUCCACCGAUUAGAGACCUAGCCACAAGCCUCGGCCUUCCAAUUCAUGAGAGGGAUACUUUUACGGGAUGGGAUAUGCCACCCCAAACAAACAUCAUAAUAGCCGUCUCAUUCGGGCUCUUCGUACCCCCCCGACUCCUCCAACAAGCCCGCUUCGGCGGCCUCAACAUCCACCCGUCCCUCCUUCCGGACCUCCGCGGCCCAGCUCCACUUCACCACGCCCUCCUCUCCAAGCGGGAGUCCACAGGCGUAACAUUACAGACCCUCGACCCAGAGCGUUUCGACCACGGCAAGAUCCUAGCGCAGACACCAGACUUACCCAUCCCACCUAAAUGCGACUACCAGACCCUCCUAGACCUAAUAACCCCCACAGCAGCCGCGCUCCUAAUCCGCGGGCUAAAAGACGGCGUAUACAUCCCCCCCCUAGAAGAAGUCCAAACCGCGCCCAAAACAAUAAAACCAAACCCCCUCCAACACGCCCCCAAAAUCACCAAAGCCGACCGCCAAAUCCUGGAACCCCACCUCCCCGACCUCCCGCACCGCUUCCGCGUCCUCGGGCCCUUGUGGCUAUGGUCGCGCGACCGGAGCGGAGCACGUAAGCGCAUUAUCUUCGAGCAGAUAUCCGCCGUAGACGCCUCGUCUUUCGUACCGUGUCUGAGCGGAUCGCUGUGUUCGCUUCCGCUUGAGGAGGAUAUCUCCCCUUCCCCUUCCCCUUCCCCUAAUUCCCUCUCCCAGGUAACCGAUCCCAACACCAAAGGGACCAGCGAGGCGGAAACCAAAACAACCCACCUAGCGAUCUGGGUUCCCAAGAACAAAGAAGUAGACGACGCGGUGUACGUGGGGUCUCACCGGGUCGAGAUGGCGAAGGUGGAGGGCGCGGAGGCGAAGCCGGCGGUGCGGGCUUUGAAGAAUUUCUUGGUCCGUGUUGAGGGGCGGGGGGAGGUUGGGUGGGAGGAUGCGAAGGGGUUGUUUGUUCUGGAAUGAAUUUAUGGCUAGGUAGGUUUCCUCGCUUCGGGAGGGUGAUGCGAUAGUGAGGGCCUAGUAGAUAGGUGUCCAUGUUAGACAGUAGUAAUUAGAGAAGCUGAGGGAAUAUCCGAUUGGUAAUUAAAUAUUA